AAUUCCGGUGACACCAUCCGCUACUAGCUGCUAGCGAACAGCGGAGUGGAUGUUUUGCACUCGAUUUCAACACACACAACUAGUUUAAGAGGGAUUUACCUUCUGAAUUAAAUAUGUCUAGGGGCUCCAUUGAGAUCCCGUUGCGGGACACAGAUGAGGUUAUCGAGCUCGACUUCGACCAGCUGCCGGAGGGAGACGAGGUCAUCAGCAUCUUGAAGCAGGAACAUACACAGCUGCACAUAUGGAUCGCUUUGGCGUUGGAGUACUACAAGCAGGGCAAAACGGAGGAUUUUGUCAAGCUGUUGGAGGCAGCGCGCAUCGAUGGAAACCUGGACUACAGAGACCACGAGAAGGACCAGAUGACCUGCUUGGACACGUUAGCAGCUUACUACGUCCAGCAGGCUCGUAAAGAGAAGAACAAAGAUGCCAAGAAGGAGCUCAUCACGCAGGCCACUCUGCUGUACACCAUGGCAGAUAAGAUCAUCAUGUACGAUCAGAACCAUUUGUUGGGACGAGCCUGUUUCUGCCUGCUGGAGGGAGACAAGAUGGACCAGGCUGAUGCUCAGUUCCACUUUGUGCUCAACCAGUCCACCAAUAACAUCCCUGCUUUGCUUGGGAAGGCCUGCAUCUCCUUCAAUAAGAAGGACUACAAAGGAGCGCUGGCGUACUACAAGAAGGCUUUACGAACAAACCCUGGCUGCCCAGCUGAAGUCCGACUGGGGAUGGGUCACUGCUUCGUCAAGCUCAAUAAACUGGAGAAGGCCCGUCUGGCGUUCGGCCGAGCCCUGGAGCUGAACUCCAAGUGUGUCGGAGCGCUGGUGGGUCUGGCGGUUCUGGAGCUCAACAACAAAGAUUCAGAAUCUAUAAAGAACGGGGUGCAGCUCCUGUCACGGGCUUACACCAUCGACCCCAGCAACCCCAUGGUGCUCAACCACCUCGCCAACCACUUCUUCUUCAAAAAGGACUACAGUAAAGUCCAGCAUCUUGCCCUGCAUGCUUUCCACAACACAGAGGUUGAGGCCAUGCAGGCUGAGAGCUGCUAUCAGUUGGCGCGCUCAUUUCACGUCCAGGAGGACUAUGACCAGGCGUUUCAGUAUUACUACCAGGCCACGCAGUUCGCCUCCUCCACCUUCGUGCUGCCCUUCUUCGGCCUGGGACAGAUGUACGUGUAUCGUAGGGACAAGGAGAACGCGGCGCAGUGCUUCGAAAAGGUUUUGAAGGCCUACCCAAACAACUACGAAACAAUGAAAAUCCUGGGAUCCCUCUACGCCACGUCCGACGAUCAGGAAAAGAGAGACAUCGCCAAAGGCCACCUGAAGAAGGUGACGGAGCAGUACCCGGAUGACGUGGAGGCGUGGAUCGAGUUGGCCCAGAUCUUGGAGCAGACCGACAUCCAGGGUGCGCUGUCGGCUUACGGCACGGCCACCCGCAUCCUCCAGGAGAAGGUGCAGGCCGACGUUCCCCCCGAGAUCCUCAACAACCUGGGGGCUCUGCACUUCAGACUGGGCAACCUGGGGGAAGCUAAGAAAUAUUUCCUUGCGUCCCUGGACCGAGCCAAAGCGGAGGGAGAGCACGACGAGCAUUACUACAACGCCAUUUCUGUCACCACGUCUUACAACCUGGCCCGUUUGUACGAGGCCAUGUGUGAAUUCCACGAAGCCGAGAAACUCUACAAAAACAUCCUGAGAGAGCAUCCCAACUACGUGGACUGUUAUUUGCGUCUUGGAGCGAUGGCUCGCGACAAGGGAAACUUCUAUGAAGCGUCUGAUUGGUUUAAAGAAGCCCUGCAGAUUAAUCAGGAUCACCCAGACGCCUGGUCGCUCAUCGGAAAUCUGCACUUGGCCAAACAGGAGUGGGGGCCGGGUCAGAAGAAGUUUGAGCGGAUCCUGAAGCAGCCGUCCACGCAGAACGACACGUACUCCAUGCUGGCUCUGGGUAACGUGUGGCUGCAGACGCUGCACCAGCCCACCAGAGACAGGGAGAAGGAAAAGCGACACCAGGACCGAGCCUUGGCGAUAUACAAACAAGUCCUGCGUAACGAUGCCAAAAACCUCUACGCUGCCAACGGGAUCGGGGCCGUGCUCGCUCACAAGGGUUAUUUCCGAGAGGCGCGCGACGUGUUCGCUCAGGUGAGGGAGGCCACGGCAGAAAUCAGUGACGUCUGGCUGAACCUGGCUCACAUCUACGUGGAGCAGAAGCAGUACAUCAGCGCCGUGCAGAUGUACGAAAACUGCCUGAAGAAGUUUUACAAAUACCAGAACACAGAGGUGCUGCUCUAUCUGGCGAGAGCGCUCUUCAAAUGUGGGAAGCUCCAGGAGUGCAAGCAGAUGCUGCUGAAGGCCCGGCAUGUGGCGCCCAGCGACACGGUGCUGAUGUUCAACGUGGCUCUGGUGCUGCAGAGACUCGCCACCCUUGUGCUGAAAGACGAGAAGAGCAACCUGAAGGCUGUCCUCAGCGCCGUGAAAGAGCUCGAACUGGCCCACAGAUAUUUCAGCUACCUCAGCAAAGCUGGGGACAAGAUGAGAUUUGACCUCGCUCUCGCAGCGUCGGAGGCCAGGCAGUGCUCGGACCUGCUGAGCCAGGCUCAGUACCACGUGGCCCGAGCCAGAAAGCAGGACGAGGAGGAGAAGGAGCUUCGUGCCAAACAGGAGCAAGAGAGGGACCUGCUGCGCCAGCAGAUGCUGAAGGAACAGGAAGAACGGCAGAAAAGAGAAGCGGAGGAGCAGAAGAAGCUCCUGGAGCAGAGAGCGCUGUUUGUGGAGAAGACCAAGAACUUGCUGACGUUCGUGGAUGGACCGAAAGAAUCGGCCAAAGACAAGAAGAAGGGAGGAGGCGGCGGCCGUCGUAAGAAAGGAGGCGACGUGGAUGACUUCGUCAAUGACGACUCCGACGAGGACCUUCCGGUGAAAAAGAAGAAGAAGAGACAGAGCAGCGGCAGUGAACAGGAAGAUGGCGAGGAAGGCGAGAAGAAAAAGAAGAAGAGGAGGAGACCCGCAAAAGGAGGAGACGACAGCGACGACGAGGAGGGAUCGUCUCGACCCAAAAAGCAGCGCAAACCCAAAGAAGGACGCAAGAGGAUUGAAAAGCCCCAGCCUGAGCGCAUGCCACCAUCCCUCAAAGGGAAGAUCAAGUCCAAGGCCAUCAUCUCAUCCUCUGAAUCCUCGUCAGACGAGGACGGACUGAAGAUAGCCGAAGACAGCAGGAACAGAGACAGCGGCUCAGGAUCUGAAGACGAGGGCGGCCACAGGAAGCGCAUAGCGUCCGACAGCGAGUCAGACGGCGGGCGGAACCGCUCAGGCAGCGAGGCGGGCAGCCCUCGACGCUCCGUCGGCUCGGACGACGAGUCGGGCAGCGACCGUCCCGUGAAGAAGAGGAGGGUGCAGCGGCAGUCCGACUCGGAACAGUCCGACAACGAGAGCAAGAGGAGCCAGUCGGGAUCGGAUGAGUCGAGGCCGGCUUCGCCUGCUCCGGCGUCAGACCGGGGCUCCGAGGCUGGAUCAGACAACGAAGGCUCCCCACGGCGCUCUGAUAACGGGUCAGAACCGGAGGGGUCCAACAACGACGAUAGUGAUUAGGUCACCUGACUCGUGUUGCUGAAUAUUUUUGUUUCAGUUCUCUUCAGUGUGUUUCAGUGCUUUGUCUUGCUGGACUUUUUUUUUAUUAGAAUGAAUCGGCGCACAGUUGUAAUUAAAUGUAAUGGUUUAAGACAGAAUGGUUCCCUUUGAUAACCUGAGAUUUGCUUACUGUGCAGGAGGAAACUGACCCCAAACAGGUCACAGAUUGAUGUAAAUAAAACUUUGAAAACAUUAAAAUGGAUUAAAUCUGAAA